CGAUCACUUAGUAGACUGAGCGCCCGCGAAUCGAUCGCGCACCCCGGACUCUCGCCUGACCGAGGAAGGUGUCUCCGCUCGAGUUCAGAUUUUACGGAUUAGUUAACGUGUAACCGUCGUCUCGAUAAGCUCGUUGUUCUGAACUGUUGCGGUUCUCGUGCUGCCACAGUGCUUGCUGUUCUUCGGUGAGCUGUUUUGUGCAGUUUGCAGAAACUCUCUUUCUUCUGCUGUGUUCAAAGUUGUUCUGACUUUUAUUUUCUGAUCGCUGCUUUCGUGGAUUUUUAUUAUUAGUAGCUUUUUAAUCUUUAUGUCACCUUGACAGUGUUUGUUAGUGCUUUUCUGUUUUGUAAUAUUUUAUGGAAUUUUGCUAGUGGUGUUAAGAGGUGAAAAAAGUCUCGAUCGAACCAGAAUCGACAGCAUUCGGAGGGAGAAAGUGCUUUGAUUUUUCUUCAAUUAAGAAGUAUUAUAAGCUUUUCGAUUAGCAACACGCAGUGUUUCAGUGACUUUUACUAAAUCAUAAGCGCGGAUCGCAACGACUGGCACCUUUGCCUCUAUAGGCUGGCCAGCACCAUCCAGCCGUACGUACAAUUAAAACCCAAGUUGUGCACUUUUUCUUGGCAACCAGUGAAGGCAUAACAAAAUAAUAAUAAUAAAAGUAAUAAUAUACACAUGUGUGUACGUUAGCUGUGUGGCUUAAGGCUCGCUGUGCAGUACGAACUGUGGGUAUGCUUUGGACUGCUGCACGGUUUAGUAGUGAAACCACUUGAGAGUGACCGUUUGUGAAACGAGUUACUCGGCGGUCCACCGUUGUAAGUAGUUCGAUUUUUCCGCGCCUUUAGAGCCACAGGAAAAACAUAAACAUACACUCAAAACCAUGAAGAUGUGAAGUGUUUGAAAUAGUGUGAUCAUCAUUUCCGAGCUGUUUUGCGAAAAAGUUUCACCCUCUGCAGACGAUCAACACCCCCAGACUGUGUGAAGCUUCGGGGUAAACGCCGAAAAACGAAACACGAAAAACCCGUGGCAAAGGUGGCAGACGAAGCGGCAAUUAUUCGACACUAAAACGUUAAACUUUUUGUGCAAGUUUGGUUUCGCUUGGCGGGAAAGAAAGGAAAAUCCGCUCAUUGGGGAAUUGAUUAAAGGCUAAAACUGAACAAAAAUUAGCCCCACGAGAUAGACUCGGUGCAGGUGUGGGAGCCUUCAAUUUUUUGCCGUCUUUCUUUUUGACCAGUGGCAAUCGGUUUACGUAAUUUUCUUCUAUUUUCGUUUUGUUCGUCGGCAAAACAGAAAGAAAAUCAUCGAACACUGACCGGCCGUCGAAGCUGGGGACGAUGAUAGGAAACGGAGGAGAAGGUAUAUAGUAAAACGGAAGUGAUGGGAAGCUGCUAGUUUGUGGAAAAUGAGAUAAAUAUUAUCGUUGGUGAGAAAUUUGCCCAUCAAAAGGCAACAACGAGCGGUGUAGUCAGAUAGAGGGAGAGAAGAAAAUAAUUAAUUCGAUUAGGUGAAAAUUUCGAAAAGGAAAACAGUAAGACAUCGAAUUUGAUUGUGACCGAGAUUCAGUGCCGUGUGGUGCCGAUGUACGGUGAAAAGUGAUUUGGAAAACUUAGGGACAAUAAGGAACAAAGGGUGUGCGGUGCAGUGAAUUUUUCGAACGAAAGUGCAACUGACGAAGCUGAUUGGGAGGAAAAGUUUAGCAUGUUUAACAUCUAGUUUAUGAGCACGGAGCGAAUUUACCGAGUGCGUGUGUGCCUUCGUUGGAUAGUCCAUUGCGAGGACGCAUUGGAAACAAAACGGAAAGAAAACCGAAAAGGAAGUUAAUACUUGGCUGCUAUUGAACAUAUCAAUGUACAUCGUGCUUGGGAACUAAAACGUCAAUACCCCUCUUGCCAAGAUGACGCGACUUGGCUUAUACAUAGCAGCGUCAUGGACGAUAUUCUGCACGUACAGUGUUGCCAUGCCGGAUAUACACCACCGCAUGACGUCGUCCCAGCUUCAGGAGGUUUUCCAUGUGGAUCAUCCGGACGCUGUGCCUUCUUACGAGGUGGUCCAGCUAACACAUCACACCAAUCAGCCGGCGCUGCACCACCACCGUCGCAAACGAAGCAUAGACGCGGGAAGCUCAAAAGUUAGUGCCAGCAACCUUCUGCAGCAGGGUGGUGCCGGGAACCACCAUGUGAAGAAAGAUUUGAGCAAAGUGAAGUUCAGUGAAAAAGUUAGUGAAAGUCUGGUUCCGUUGAAGAAACGAACGGAUGUUACUGCGACUUCGACUGGCUUGCCAGCGACCACCAGCGACGGUGGUUCUGAGCAGGAGCCAAUUCUACCGGAAAUGCAACCGCAACCGAAGCCAGAAGCAAGUGAUGAAAGUGAUAGUGAUAGCAAUAAGAUUAGUGAUGUUAGCAUACGACACAUUAAAGAGCACAAGGUGUCAUUCAGUGCGUUCGGCGAAAAUCACAACUUGACGCUGCAGCAAACCGAGGGUCUGUUUAAGGAUGGACCGAACUUGCUGCGCAUGUGGAACGUGCGGGUCGACCCGAACGCAACCCAGGGUCUCGUGUACGAGGAAAUACAAGAGGAGAAUCCACAAUCAGAAGACUCGUUUGGUAAUAUUUACCAAGAUCAACAGAACGUGGCUGCAGUGUUGAUGCGAAAGCAUCUGGAAAGCGGCGAUCUUAUGAUGGAGGGUAGUAUAGGACAUCAACUUGUGAUAAAACCAGUGCCAACCGAAAUCUCCCAGGCGGAGGAUGGUAGUGUUCAUCAUGUUAUUUUUAAGCGAACGGUGUCAUCGGACAACCACAACGAUGACAGCAGUGAUUAUGCAUUCAUGGAGCCGGACCGGCUGCAGAAGCGAUUUCGUACCAAACGAAGUCCGCAAGGGUAUUACAAGUCACCACGAGCGCUCGAUACCACAAUCUAUCCGGAGAUUCUGGUGAUAGUGGACUACGACGGCUACCGGUUACACGGCGGCGACAACGUCCAGGUGAAGCGCUACUUUGUCUCGUUCUGGAACGGAGUGGACCUGCGGUAUCGGCUGCUGAAAGGACCACGGAUCCGCAUCAGCAUCGCCGGGAUCAUCAUAUCACGGGGUCGUGAUGCCACUCCUUACCUGGAACGGAAUCGCGUGGGACGCGACGCUAUCGAUUCCGCCGCUGCCCUCACCGACAUGGGCAAGUAUCUGUUCCGAGAGCGAAGACUGCCGGUGUACGACAUUGCAGUUGCCAUAACGAAACUAGAUAUGUGUAGAAGACAGUAUGCAAAUGACGCGUGUAAUCGCGGUACAGCAGGCUUCGCAUACGUUGGAGGCGCCUGCGUCGUAAACAAGCGACUGGAGAAGGUCAACAGUGUAGCCAUCAUCGAGGACACCGGUGGCUUCAGCGGUAUCAUUGUAGCGGCCCAUGAAGUUGGUCAUUUACUUGGAGCCGUCCACGAUGGGUCUCCCCCGCCCAGCUAUCUCGGAGGACCGGGUGCGGAAAAAUGCCGCUGGGAAGAUGGUUACAUUAUGUCCGAUCUGCGGCACACCGAACGGGGCUUCCGGUGGUCACCGUGCAGUGUUCAGAGUUUUCAUCAUUUCCUCAAUGGUGACACCGCCAGUUGUCUGCACAAUCCACCUCACGAAGAUGAAGCGUUAGGUCGGGCGCUUCCAGGAACGCUUUUGUCACUGGAUGCGCAGUGCCGACGGGAUCGUGGAACCUCGGCCUGCUUCAAGGACGAGCGAGUCUGUGCGCAGCUGUUCUGCUUCGAUUCAGCCAGUGGUUAUUGCGUGGCAUAUAGACCUGCGGCUGAAGGGUCCAACUGUGGCGAAGGACAACACUGUCUGGACGGUAGAUGUGUAACCGAUCACGAGAACAUAAUUCCCGACUACUCGCAGCACACGCCAUCGUACGCGAGAUUCAAUCAGCAAACAGUUAAAUUUAACUACGACGACAAGUCGGGUCAGCAGGAAGAAUAUUAUGAACCGUCUAGUAGCACGUCGUCCACAACAACCAGCACCACCAGCACCACAACAACGACAACCACCACCACCACAACUACACCACCGCCGCCACCGACAUCGACGAGGAAUUAUUAUCAAUAUUUCCACCACAAAUCCACGAGUACAUAUCAUAUGGAUGAUGAGGACAGACGAUACAAGAAUUUCAUGAAUGCCAUCAAACGAAAACGAUUACAACACCUAAAGGAGCAACUGCAGCAACAGGAAAUCGUCAGCAAUCAACAGUGACCCGACUACUGUUUAAGAUAACAUACAAGCAACAACAAUUAAAAUUAGAACAAAACAUAGGCUUUAAUUAGGCACAGACUGACCGAGUUCUGUCUGCUAGGCUGCGACUUCUAAUUGUAUAUGAUAGCAUUUUACCCGGGUCUGCCAACUGCGGCAGACUGCCAGCCGAUAGGGCAUCCUCUUUCGAGUUCGCGAAAGAAGAGCAACUGAAACGUAGGAAAUUCAUGCGCAUUGUCUUCAGUUUCCACGCACAUCACAAACCCAUACGCAUUCUCCCCCCAAACAUUCGAGUAGUAAGACUAACAAAUAAACAACCAACGCGAUCAAACGAAGAAAGAAAGUGUACCUAGUAAAUAAUGAUGAAGCGGACUAAAAGUACUUUAAAUUAUAUGAUUCAAAACAUUCAAAAUGAUGUGAUAUUCAAUUUUGCAAAUUUGCGAAACAACCACACCUGAAAUAAUAAGCAAGGUGUAUUACUAAUAAUAACUUGUUCUGUAUAGCGACGAGUAAAUCUCAGCAUGGUUUUUGAUAAAUCAUGUAAUAUUUCAACUGUAGCACUGUAAGAGAACCCAACACCAAUCAAUUGAGAGCAAUCGAAAAAAAUUACCUACAAAUCGAGCAAACAUCACAACAGAAGGUUCGAUACGUUCAAUGAAAAUGACUUUAACUACUGAAACUCAAAUAAACAGAGAUUCAUACAAUGAUGGAUGUCAAUCGAAAAUAAUUUCAAGUGAGCGCAAGGUGAAAAAUUAUUUUUUGAUGAAAUUCAUUUCACUACUGAAACUAACAACGAGGAUAAGUACCUAAAGAAGAGCUUAAAAAUUUUACGAAACGUAAGAAGAUUCCCUUUCGGGCAUUAUUUGAUUCAGCCAUUUGUUUCAAUGUAUCGAGCAAUCGCAGCCAUCGAGUUGCCAUAAAAAAACAUUCCAAAUGCAGCAUUUCCAUUCCACUACGCAGCCUGCGACGAUCGCUUGCUACGAGCCUACGAAUGAUAAUGAAGCAAACGCCCAAUCUUAGCCUAGCUCUAACCAUAGAGCGUUCCUGUCCGCGUGAGCGAGCCUACCGAAAGGCAACCCGCGUUUCACAUACCUUCUUACGAAUUAACAUCACAAGCGAAACAAUUAUUUUAUGCGAAAGUUGCAUAAAAAUCCAACUGACACCAUCAGUGAACCAACAAAUUCACGACACUUACCACCGAUUAAAAAGAACAAUUACUGCAACGAACAAUCCUGCAACUAGAAACUGCCUUACACGUUGAUUUCGUUUCGCUUACGAGUAUUGAAGAGUAGAACUAAGCUGAACACUAACUGUAUUACUAACUGCUAUACUGCCUACAGGAUGUAAGGAACAAAGCAAAUAAUCAGUCAGAACAUUCCAACAGUGAAACCGGAGAAAUCCAAUCAAAUUUGUACAUAUUUGAACAGCAAAAAAGUGCCGAAACAAUACAAAUUGUUAAGAAAAAUAAAGCAACCUAAAAAAAAGUCUGCUAAGAAAGUAAACUGUUUUCCAUAUCAUUAGCAACAACACGUAAUCGGAAAAUAUUACUAUUUUUCUACUAUUAUUGUUUUCACAAGUAAAAAAAAUCUAUUAGCUCAUGUUGAUGCAUGAGCAGCAGUCCUAAACGAAGAACGCCCUUAAGCCAUCUACACCACGGCAUCAAUAUCAAUCGAUCGGUGGGCGGUGUUUUUUUCUUUCUUAUUGUUGUUAAAACAAGCAAACAAACAAACAAACCACAAGGUCACUUCUUAGUGGAGUUAUUAGACUUUUAAUUUAUCAGUUUUUAGAACGAUAGUCGAUAGGAAUACAUAGAACCAGGUAAAGUGCUUUGUCUCGUCGAAAGUUUCACUCAGCUGAGCUGAUAGCUGGGAAGCAUGCUUAUACAUAUUAUGACAGAGAGGAUAGUUAGAAUAAGGAUUCGUAGGAUAUACACACCGACAGAGCAGCAAACGAAAGAGAGAAAACAACAAAAAGUGCAAACAUUUGCGAUUGCGAUAGCAAUGUGCAGUUUUUUUGAUACAACUUUUUGUACCAUUUCGUGUAAAAUGUA